AUGGCUCCCACACUGGGGCUGUUGCCCUCCGAACUGAUCUUUCUCAUCGCUGAACUCCUCGACGUUCCAUCUCUGAACUCGCUGCUACAAUCCUGCCAGCGCUUGGCCUGCCUGCUCGAUUCCUCGCUCUACACCCUCGCCCGCCGGUAUCGGAGCGUGCCUGGCGCUGGCACGCCGCUCAUCUGGGCUGCGCAGAACGGCGUGAAUACGGUCGUUGCAAGACUUCUCGGCGGGGAAUCAUGGCCAUCUGAUAGCCAGAAAGGGACAACCGCUCUCCACGAAGCCAUCAAAGCCAGUAACGAAGAGGGCAUUCGCCUGCUCCUCGACGCCGGGGCCAACGUCUUUGCCGAAGACAGAAACGGAGACGCCGCUCUACUGACGGCCAUCAGCUGCGACAGAGAUGUCGCAGCGAGACUUAUCCUCAGCGUCUAUCCGGCAGUCCAGCCGUGGGAAAGCUACUCGUGGCACUGGACCGAGGCUGCACUCCGCGCCGCGCAGCUGGACAUCUCCGAGUCGAUGCGCCGGCUGGUCCUGGACUGCAUCAGGCGAGAGUACCCAGAGCAUGCCCCCGACCUGCUGGACUCGGUGCUGCACACUGCUGCAGCGCCGACCGGCGACUGCGCCGUCAUGCAGAUGCUGUGCGACUACGGCGCCAACCCGCUGGCCAUAAUACCAGGCGGAACCACGACCCUACUGCACACCUUCGCCAUCUACGGCCAUCUCGACGCGACGGAAUGGGGUCUCGCCCGCGGGAUCGACCCGAUCGUCGAGGACGGCACUGGCGUCACGGCCUUCUCCAUCGCGGUGGCGCGUGGACAUCCCCGUCUCGUCCAGAUCUUUCUGGAUCUGGGAAUGGACCCAAACGUCCCAUCCAUCGGCAUCAGCCCGCUGUGCAUAGCCGCCGCGGAGGGGCACAUGGCGGUGGUGCAGUGUCUGCUAGCCGCUGGGGCAGACAUCCUCGCGCGCGACGACCGCGGAUUUAACGUCGUUGAUUUCGUCACCGGCACCGGCAGGGGCUCGACCCCGUUGAUGCCGACCCCGUUGAUGCUCGAGUUUCUCCUCCGCCGCGGAGCGGAUCCGAGCCCACCCCCUGGCACCGUCCGCAUGACAGCCCUGCAUACGGCCGCGCGCCUGGGCCUCGCCGAGAUGACGGCGCUUCUCUGUGCUGCUGCUCCAGUCGACGCAGUUGACCAGCGCGGCCGCACGGCGCUGCAUCUCGCCGUUAGAGAGGGCCGGGUAGCAGCCGUAACGACCCUCCUCGAAGCCGGCGCCAACCCGUCCAUCCCCGACGAACGACGGAAAACGCCGAUCCACGAGGCCGCAGUCGAAAGCAACUCGGACAUCCUUGACCUCCUCCUCCGCUAUGGCGCGGACGUCCAUGCAGCAGACCUGGACGGCCACACUCCGUUGUAUCUGGCAGCGCGGACUGGACAGACGGCGGUCGUGGCCAGGCUCCUGGAAGCGGGCGCCGACCCCAAUGCCGGCUGGGAAUGGUCCUCGCCAUUGCACUUUGCCGUUACGCGGCAGGCCACCGACAUGGUUCGGCUGCUUCUUUCCUACCGGGCGGAUCCCCAUGCUUUGGAUCUGUACGGUCGCAGCGCGUUUGAAUGGGCGGGGGCGGACUCCAAGAUCCUGGCGGAGCACCCUUUUCACCCGACCGACCCGACAAAGCGCGAGGCAAGGCUACGACAGACGGUUGCUAUAUUUGGGGAGCGCCUGCUGCAGACGAACAAGGGUAGCGACCAUAGCGAAGACUGUGAAUCGUGCAUUGUAGCCAAAGCCCUGCUCUACCUUGGCAGAAGAGACGAGGCGCGAGUCGUCUACGCCCACGACGGCGGAACGGGCUUGGAAUGUCCUGAACAUCGAAGACCGACCUGUACAGCGUGUCGGAGCCGUAUACACAAUGGAUCGGUGUUUAUCUGUCUUGCCUGUGUCACAGCCAAGCUCUGCCAGAUAUGUAAAGACCAUGCUGUAGCAGGGCUGGGACCUGGACAGGCAUGCCAACGCCACGAGGUGUACGAGAUCCCCCCGGAGGUGGAAGAGCUGCCUGGCGAGAGCGAGAUCGGCCGAGAUGCAGCGUGGCGAGCGUGGAUGGGCGAGUUGGUGUCAACGGUCAAUGACCUCGACUAG